AUGCUGCCUGUGAAGGUGGUACGGGAAGGCUUUGCCAGGGAGAUGCUCCGUCAUCUCCACAGUGGUCUCCACCCACAGCUGUUUCUGUAUCUGUCACCACCCACCCUCCCUCCGCGGUGGAUAACAGGACCUGUGUCACACACUCCUCUUCCCCCUCCCCUCCAGGGCACCACUGAGCCCGUGUCCAUCUUCCUUUACGACGUCAAGCCCAAUGCGGACGAGCAGACGCUGGUGGCCAAGGCGGCCUUCAAACGGCUGAAGACUCUGCGACACCCCAACAUCCUGUCCUUUGUGGAUGGGCUGGAGACGGAGAAAUGCCUGUACGUGGUGACGGAACCGGUGACACCGCUGGUGACCUACCUGGAGGCCAAGCAGCCGCCGGGCGGGCUGAGCGAGCUGGAGAUCUCCUGGGGUCUGCAUCAGAUUGUGAAAGCGCUGUGUUUCCUGGUGAACGACUGCAACUUGAUCCACAACAACGUGUGUACGUCGGCCGUGUUUGUGGACCGGGCGGGCGAAUGGAAGCUGGGCGGCCUCGACUACACGUACGCCGCGCAGGGGGACAGCGCGCCACCGCUCAGCAAAGGCAUCCCCGAACUCGACAAGUACAACCCGCCCGAGAAGACAGAGGCCAACGCCGGCAAGGGUGCGGCGGAGAAAUGGUCGGCCGACAUGUGGCGCCUGGGCUGCCUGAUCUGGGAGGUUUUCAACGGACCGCUGCAGAGACUCUCCUCCCUGCGCUCCCUUGGAAAGAUCCCAAAGCAGCUCGUUCCACAUUACUGUGAGCUGGUCGGAGCCAAUCCCAAAAUCAGACCCAACCCAGCCAAGUUCCUGCAGAACUGCCGGAAACCCAAUGGGUUCAUGAGCAACGGUUUCAUAGAAACCAAUCUGUUCCUGGAGGAGAUUCAGAUCAAGGAACCGGCAGAGCGACAGAGCUUCUUCUCGGAGCUGAGCUCGCAGCUCAACAACUUCCCCGAGGAUUUCUGCAAACACAAGAUUCUGCCGCAGCUGCUGACGGCGUUUGAGUUUGGCAACGCCGGAGCUGUCAUCCUCACCCCGCUCUUCAAGGUGGGCAAGUUCCUGAAUGCGGAGGAAUAUCAGCAGAAAAUCAUUCCUGUGGUUGUGAAGAUGUUUUCCUCGACGGACCGAGCGAUGAGGAUCCGGCUGCUGCAACAGAUGGAGCAGUUUAUCCAGUACCUGAACGAGGCGACGGUGAACGGACAGAUCUUCCCGCACGUGGUUCACGGCUUCAGUGACACCAACCCCGCCAUCCGUGAACAGACUGUCAAGUCGAUGCUGUUAUUGGCCCCCAAGCUGAAUGAGCAGAACCUGAACAUGGAGCUGAUGAAACACUUUGCCCGCCUACAGACCAAGGACGACCAGGGGCCCAUCCGCUGUAACACCACCGUCUGCCUGGGCAAGAUCUCCUGCUACCUCAACGCCACCACACGGCAGCGGGUGCUGAUCUCGGCGUUCUCCAGGGCCACGAGGGACCCGUUUGCCCCGUCGCGAGCAGCCGGCGUGCUGGGCUUUGCCGCCACUCACAACUACUACUCACUCACCGACUGUUCCCGCAAGGUGCUGCUGGUCUUGAGCCCCCUCACCACCGACCCCGACACCAACGUCCGCUUACAGGCCUUCAAAGCUAUCCGCAGCUUCCUGGCAAAGCUGGAGACGGUGUCCGAGGAUCCGGACAAGAUCACCGAAGUGGAGAAGGAUGUAAACUCAGCCUCGAGUGGCCCUUCCUCGUCGGCAGGUUGGGCGGGCUGGGCCGUGACCGGAGUGAGCAGCAUCACCUCCAAGUUCAUGCGCGGCACGCUGGCCCCUGGAGCACCCGCUGGAGAGGGGCCGCAGACGGGGGCCCCGGCACCCGGGGCAGCAACAGCAACAGCAACGGCCCCUGAGGCACCGGGAGAUGAGGUGGCGGAGCCGGCGGUGGAACCAGCAGCUGCCAGCGAGCCGGCAGAGGAAUCAUCGCAGUGGGACCAGGAGGACUGGGGCAGCCUGGAGAAUGAGGCUGAAGGGAACAGUGUAGCAGCCGAGGCUGGAAGGAGUGACUGGGACACAGAGGGCUGGGGGCUGGAGGAGAGCUGGGCACCCACGGCCUCACUGUCACAGAGUCGGGCAGCUGCCGCGGUGGACGGCUGGAACACAGACUGGGGCGUUGAGCCAGCGGCGGGGAAGGCCAAGGCUCCAGCGGGUCAGCGGAACGCCCGGCCCACCAGCGACUACAACUGGGAAGGGACGGGAGGGUGCAGGAAGCAGGACCAAUUUGCUGGAAUGGCCCAGACGCCCACCGCUGAAGAAGGAGCUGAGGACACUUGGAACGCGGACAUUGGCGGAAGCUGGGACACUGAGGAAAACUGGGAGUCUGUGGAAUUGGACCAAGGAGUAAGUAAAUCUGAUCUUGCCCGGAAAAAGCGAGAGGAGAGGAAGAAGGAAAUUGAAGCAAAACGAGCCGAGAGGAAGGCUGCCAAAGGACCACUGAAACUUGGUGUCCGAAAAUGUGACUGAGUGAACUGUGCCGUGCACAAGUGAACUGGUGAAUCCCAGAUGGACUCUGACCUAGUCUUAACUUUAUCCUUUCUGCACUGUCUUCCAGGAUGUAUCGUGUGUUCUGUAUAGUCUGUAAAGACAGAGGGUGGUGGGCAAGUUGUUUUACAAGACCCUGCAUCAUUGAUGCUUGGGAAGAACCAGUGGAAAUGGAUUCUGAAUUUUAUUUGUUUGACUAUUCAAGAGUGGAAUCUUUAAAAUGAGAUCAUGCCUUGACUUGUAAUUUUAUGUUUAUGCAGUAAAAAGACAGAGCUACAAUA